UCCGCGGGCGCCCGACGCGUGUGCCUACGUUCGAUUUUUGAACGGAUUCCGAAACGAUACGGAAACGAGAUAUUUUUUCAUUUCAGUAAAUUAUUCCGGGCUGACUUUCGUUGAUUCAUUUGAAUUCGAAUUUCGAAUUUAAUUUCAGAUUUAUUUCUACAAUCAGCCAGAUACAUAUUAUAAAAACUAUUUUUUGGGCACUAUUAUUGUUAUUUAAAAAAAAAUAACUAUUAAACACAUACAAAUUAAAAAUAAAUCUACAUGGAUACCACGUAACCAGUGACAUUGUCCUCGGAAUAGUGUAAAGAUGUACUUAAAAGUGAAAUUGAAAUGACUGGAUUUUGGAGUGCGAUGGCUGCAAGAAGAUUUGUUAUUGCGUGGGCUGUAUGGCUCGCGUUGCCGUUGGCAACGGGCCAUCUCAAUGUCCUCAUCAGCAAAGCUGAAGUGAUGAAGCUAUUAGGUCUAGACGCAGAGUUGUAUUACGUGAGAGAAGGCGUCGUUAACACCUACGCGACUAGCUUCAUAGUACCCAUACCUGCACAUAUAGCUGACCUGGAAUUCAUGUGGCAAGCUCUUGGAAGAAAGCCGUUGCCGUACGUGAUGGCCAUAGACUACGAGAGCCGAGGCGCCAUGCUGCCGCCUCAGGUCAAUAUAUCCGAGCGCGGUUUUGUUCCUACUACCUUGCAAACGUUUAGGGUCCGUCUGCCGUGCACGGGUACCAGGAGCGCAGAAAUCUUAGUAACUAUGCAGCUAAACAUAUCUUCCCCGGACAGAGCCCAUAAAGACGUCAGGCUGCUCUUUAAAAGGAACAAGAUAUGUUGGAAAGGCUUAUCAUCAGUGGUGACGCACAACGAAACUGCGCGGCUUGCGGGCGACGCGACGCGCGGCUCAAGUGGCGUUCUAUUUGUUGCGGGCGGUUGUGCAGCGGCGGCUUUAGCGUUGCUAGGAGCGGCGGCUGCUGCGAGCACUUUGUACAAACGAGGCAGCAAGGCUAGGCAUCAUGAUUCCAUACACACAUCGUACACCACAGCUGCAUAUGGUAGCCAUCAGAAUGUGCUACUGAGGCUGGACACUCUCGGUCGGCCGCCAAGCUCGACGGGGUCAUAUGCAACCAUAGCUAGCUUACAUAAAUUUCCAUUUGGUAGCCGAAGAUCACCGUCACCGUAUGCGACCACACAUAUUGGAGAGCACAUUUAUGCCAAGCCCGAGUCGAGGGUUUCUUAUUAUGCUGCUUCAAAUCUAACACACGUUUCACAGCAAACUAUUACCAAAGACCGCAUCACGGAUCCAGCAGAGCAACUGCAGUUCCUGACCACAGCUCGGUCGAACAUCCGUCUAGAAAUCUUGGUACAUGAAGGUACCUUUGGUAGAGUAUAUAAAGGAGUGUUCAAGAAAGGUGAUACAUAUGAAGAAGUCAUGGUGAAAACUGUCUCAGAUGCAGCUUCAGCUAUGCAAGCAGCCUUAUUAGUAGCGGAAGGUCUCCGGCUGUGUGGUUUAUCCCAUGCCAAUGUGCUAGCUCCCAUGGCCGCAUGCGCUGAAGAAGCAAGAAGGCCUUUAUUAGUCUAUUGCUGUGCUUCUCACUCUUCCAAUCUUAAGAGGUUCUUGACCUCUUGUCGCCUGGGUCACCAAGCGUCCCCGGCCACCAGGGAACUGGUAGACCUGGGGGCACAAGCGGCCUGUGGACUGUCGUACUUGCAUGUUCAGAGGCUGGUACAUGCUGACGUUGCGGCUAGGAAUUGCAUAGUUGAUGAGAAAUUGAGACUGAAGGUGACAGACAACGGGCUGUCACGUGACCUGUUCCCUGAUGACUACCACUGUCUGGGAGACAACGAGAACCGCCCGGUCAAGUGGAUGGCGCCGGAGACCCUGAUGCAGAACCAAUACACCACCGCAUCUGAUGUGUGGUCCCUGGGAGUGACUUUAUGGGAGCUGGCCACACUUGGUUCUUCGCCAUUGGCUGAAUUAGACGCAGCCGACGUGGGCGCUUUCCUCAGUGGUGGCUACCGACCUUCACAACCCCACAACUGUCCUGAUGAGCUGUACGGCCUAAUGUCCUGGUGUUGGGCCAUCCCUCCCUCAGCGAGACCCACUGCUCCUCAGCUGCUCGCCGCUCUCCACGACUUUAGGCAAGCUCUUAGUACUUACAUCUAAUAUACUUCAUAAAAUUAAAUGUUGUACCACUUCUAUACUUAACUUCUAUGUUCUGCGGUUUAAUUUUAAACUUUAUACGUUUAUACCACGUUUAAAUAUAUAUACUUAUAUAGCUAUAUUACUUAAAGCUUUUAAGAAUAAUUUUAGUUUGAAA